AUUUGCUCAGACAGUCCAGUCCAGCUGAUUUUCCAUACUCUUUUUCACCUGAAAGGCAUGUUUCAGAAGUAAAAGGUGAUUCUCCCAUGCCUAAUUGCUCAAAACAUGAUAUGAGUCUACCUGAAUCUUGCCAAAUUUUGAAGUCUGUGGAUUAUGGAGAAAGAUGUCAGAAGUUCUCUAGUACAGUAAAGUAUUUACUGGUUGCAGAUAAGGUGGAAAAGUAUCAGUGUCUCAGAAAACAGACCAAGGGAGACUCUACUUUCACCCAAGUUAAUGCAAGUACUUUAUCCACCCUUCCAACCAAACAAAAUUGUGGAAAGAAAAAGAAGAGCACGGCACCCUUGCAAAAAUUUGUAAGUGAUGAAGAUAUGAAUGAUUGUGAUGAUAAUGACGCUCAUCUUAUUGCGGAACAUAACGAGUUUCUUACUAAUACUGAUACAGUUUACAGCCAUCCCAGUCAUAGGUCAAGUUCUCUACCGGGAGAAUCUUUUUCCAGGUCACAAAAGGGCAUUACAUCUUCAAAUCUGAGAAAUCCGAAUCCUGUAUUUGCUUCUUCUGGGGAUGUUUCGACCACAAAAGUGGAGACUGGAAUGGCUGAGAAGAGAGAAGCAGAACACGCUGCUUCUACACAUGAAGCAACUGAUGCAAGACAUAGAAAAGCAAGUGUUUCUAGCACAGAAAGUUUGGCUGCAGAUCAUCAUAUAGCUUCACAAGUUAGGGCAUCAGAUGCCUCCAGCUCCAAUCCUCUACCAAAUCACACAUCAGGAUCAGAAACAUGCAGCAGAUGGAUCAAGCGUCUCCAGGAUAACCAUUCCAAGACUGCUCCUUGUACGAAGAGGUUCAGACGGGGCGAUGAUUCCUCCAACGAAAUACAGCAAACUCCCACCAUACAAAACUAUAAUCCAUUACGCCAUGCUUCACAAGAAAAAUGCGUGAAAUCCAUAACAUCGUCAGCAAAUGUUUUGCAUAACGGCGAUUCAGACGAAUGUGUACAGUUGUGGAUGAGGAGGUGGCGCCAUAGUGGCGAUGAAUCGUCCUCGACCGCAUCAAUGCCGAGUGUUCCGCUGACGCUUUUGCCCGAAAAGUCUAGUGCGGCGCUUGAAAAAUUUGAAGGGAAGAUGUCUGCAAGCAUUGGAGGGAUGGCUUUGAUGGGGAAGGCGAUGAAGAAUUAUAGGCCGUAUAGAAUUCGGAGAGAGGAAGGAUGUCUAGUAUGGAAUACGGGAGAGUGAGGGAGGGAGGGAGCGGAUUGAUGAAGAGAAAUUGAUGAAGAGAAGUUUAUAAGAAUAGUGCGAUCAAGUAUAUGAUGAAACAAUGAAGCUUUGCUCUGUUCUGUUGAGAGAUUUUGUUGUUGCAACACAUUUGUUAACAGAGUUUUUGGUUGAAGAGAAGGCAUUUACAUUAUUCAGCUGAUUUCAUGUCUUGUAAUACAUCCAUUACUCGAAGUCACGUCUCGGUUUCAUA